AUGGAGAGCAGACAAGACAUCACAAACCAAGAAGAACUUUGGAAAAUGAAGUCCAGGAGAAAUCGAGAAGAAGAUGGUUAUUUGAAUAAGGAUUCAAGAGAGACCAGUGCACCGAAAAGACCUGUGCUUUUGCACUUGCACCAAGCAACCCAUUGUGAUGAAUUUGAUUGCCCCCCAGAGCUUCAGCACAAACAGGAACUCUUUCCAAAGUGGCGUUUACCAAUUAAAAUCGCUGCUAUCGUAUCAUCUCUGACUUUUCUUUACACUCUUCUGAGGGAAAUAAUUCACCCUUUUGUAACUUCCCAUCAACAGUAUUUUUAUAAAAUUCCAAUCCUGGUCAUCAACAAAGUCUUGCCAAUGGUUUCCAUCACCCUCUUGGCACUGGUUUAUUUGCCAGGUGUGAUAGCAGCAGUUGUGCAGCUUUAUAAUGGAACCAAGUAUAAGAAAUUUCCACAUUGGUUGGAUAGGUGGAUGGUAACAAGAAAGCAAUUUGGUCUUCUCAGUUUCUUUUUUGCUGUACUGCAUGCAGUUUACAGCUUAUCCUACCCAAUGAGACGAUCCUACAGAUACAAGUUGCUAAACUGGGCAUAUCAACAGGUCCAACAAAAUAAAGAAGAUGCCUGGAUCGAGCAUGACGUUUGGAGAAUGGAAAUUUACGUGUCUCUAGGAAUUGUGACACUUGCAAUACUGGCUCUGUUGGCUGUGACAUCUAUUCCAUCUGUGAGCGACUCUUUGACAUGGAGAGAAUUUCACUAUAUUCAGAGCAAACUAGGAAUUGUUUCCCUUCUGCUGGGCACAAUACAUGCAUUGGUUUUUGCCUGGAAUAAAUGGGUAGAUAUAAAACAAUUUGUAUGGUAUACACCUCCAAAUUUUAUGAUAGCUGUUUUCCUUCCUACUGUUGUCCUGAUAUGCAAAGCCAUACUACUCCUGCCAUGCUUGAGAAAGAAGAUACUGAAGAUUAGACACGGUUGGGAGGAUGUCACCAACAUUAACAAAACUAAGAUGUCUUCCCAGUUGUAG